GAUGCCACCUAGUACAGCUAGAUUGUAGCAACAGAUGAAUAUUAAUUCAAAUUCAAAUAUAUGAACGGGUUUUAUGUUUUUGUCUGGAGCAGAGGACUUAUGAAGAGAGUUUUUAGCUGUGUUGCCAUCUCCGAGGAACUAGAAACAUGGUCUGACAAUCUUGUCAAAUCCCCAUGAUUUCAAUUCUUAUAACUUUCCAUAACUCUGCAGAUUUUUGAACUCAACGGUCGAUACUUACUAUGAUAGAAUGCGCUCCUCUACGUCUCUCCUGUGAGAACUGAGAAGCAAAGACAAGAACUAUGGCCAUCGCUCGGAUCAGUAGUUCCAAUCGAAGCCCUGUUUCUUCUUCCAAAUCCAAGCUUAAGCAGAAGCUGGCAUGGGAGUUUAAGAGAAAGCUGGUAAAGCAGAGGCUAAUGAGUCUUGACAACAAUUACAAGGAUGGAGAAUCCGUAAUUAAUGCAAGACCUAUUACAUGUCAUCCACCCAAGGUGGAGACAACUAGUGAUCAUCAUAGCCGUGACAGUGUCACAACCUCAGCUAUGGAGAGAGCAAAAGAGGUCCAAGCAAAUCUGUCCCCACAUUUUCCUAGUUUUUUGAAACUUAUGCUCAGAUCACACGUCUCUGGUGGAUUCUGGCUGGGUUUGCCGAAAAAGUUCUGUGAUGGCCAUCUACCGAAGGGUGAUGAAAUGAUGGUUUUGGUUGAUGAAAAUGAAGAAGAGUACCAUGUAAAGUACUUGGUGCAUAAAACGGGACUAAGCGGUGGAUGGAGAGGUUUCUCCAUUGAACACAAAUUGCUCGAGGGCGAUGUUGUGGUUUUUCAACUGAUCAAGCCAUGCAAGUUUAAGCUGUACAUUGUGAGAGCAAGAAGAUUAUCGGAAGUUGAUGGGGCUAUUACCCUUCUAAACCUAGAUUUUCAAACCGGGCCAAUCAACGCAGUGAAAAUGGAAGAAAAACUGGAAGAAAAUGCAGGGAUUAGUGAAACAGCCGCGGAGAAAUAUAUGGAGCCUCUUGCAGUGGAUAAUAGCCAAAAGAAUGAUGGUGGAUCAAUUCCUAUGAAUCAGCCUGCUCCAGAUCAAUCUGGUGAUGGUGGCGAAAGUUUCGGUCCAGAAAUCAUGGAUGGCAUCAAGUUUGCAGAGUCUCUUCUCAGUUUCAAAGACGUAGGGUGCUUUGAAGAUUUCAACAUUCACGUCGACGGCCUAGUUCUCGACUCUGAGCUACCAAUGCAUCUCAGAACAAAGUACUAUGAGCUCUGCCGCAGCCAAAGCUCGUUUCUUCACGAGAAAGUUAUCCCGGGCCUUAACAGUAAGUUGGCUGCUGGUAUGAUCUUAGAGACGAUCAACAUAGCUGAUGCUAUCCGAGUGGCUAAUCCUAACAUGGGUUCUAAUCACUUUGAAAGUUGGGACAAAACUCUGAAAGCUUUUGAUGAUUUAGGAAUGACGGUUGGUUUUUUACGUGCGCGGAUACAUAAACUAGUAAGUCUUUCUUGUGAAUCCCAAACUGUUAUUGAACUGAAGAGAACUGAGAGAGCUGCAGCAGAGGAUGAGAUGAGAAGCCUCAACGAGAAACUUUCGAACAUUAGAUUGUUGAUAGAAAAACUAGAUUCCGAGAUUGCUGCCCUUAAAGUGAAAAAUGAGGAGCUUGGUUUUUUGUUUAAGGAGGUCGCUGGUGCUCCAUGGUGAGAGCUCUCUCAUUCGUCAGUUAGCUUAGAUAGUUGUCCUCGUGGACAUCGCAAAGUUAAUAGCAAUACAAAUUUCUGACGAUGUAAUGUUUUCUUUUGUUCGUCCCAAAGAUUGGUAGGACAACCCAAAUGCAGAAACAGUACUAGGCUGUAUAUCUUUUGUGAAUUUGUUAUGUAGUCUAUCUGCUGACAAGGUUUAUGAGCAUAUAUUUUUGGUUCCUU